AUGGUAAGUUACAAUGUGAUGAACGUCCUAUUCGCAGGAAGUGUACCUACAAAAAUUGAAAACUUAACUACGCUUAAAGAGUUACACCUUGACAACAACAGCUUUGGAGGAACUAUUCCAUCUACUUUAUUCAAGUGCAAACAACUGCAAUAUGUAUCAUUAGCGAAUAAUGAUUUCAGUGGAAGUGUACCUUUGGAAAUUGGAAACUUAACCAUGCUGAAAAAGUUUUACCUUGACAACAACAGCUUUGAAGGGACUAUCCCAUCAAAUUUGUUCAAGUGCAAAGAAUUGCAAAUUUUAUCGUUGAGGACUAAUAGAUUCACAGGAAUAGUACCACCAAAAAUUGAAAACUUAACCGAGCUCACAGAGUUGUACCUUGACAACAACAAUUUUGAAGGGACUAUCCCCUCCACUUUGUUCAAGUGCAAACAACUACAAAUUUUAUGGUGGUCAACAAAUAGAUUCAUAGGAAUAGUACCUCCACAAAUUGAAAACUUAACCAUGCUCACAGAGUUAUCCCUUGAUCACAACAACUUUGGAGGAACUAUCCCAUCCAAUUUGUUCAAGUGCAAACAGCUACAAAUUUUAUGGUUGUCGAAUAAUAAAUUCACGGGAAGAGUAUCUCCUGAAAUUGGAAACUUAACCAUGCUCACAGAGUUACACCUUAGCUACAACAACUUUAAAGGUGAGAUACCAAGUGAAUUUGGUAAUCUACAAAACUUUGAAAUCUUAUUUAUCUGCUGGAACGACUUUACUGGUCCAAUUCCAUUUGAGAUCUUUAAUAUCUCAACAAUACGAGGAAUUGAUAUGUCUUACAAUAAGUUCUCAGGCCACCUUCCAUCAAAUGUAGGCAUCUUCCUUCCAAAACUUCAACUUCUUUAUCUUGGUGACAACAAACUGAAUGGAACAAUACCUAGCUCUAUCUCCAAUGCUUCACAACUCACUCAACUAGAUUUGGGCGACAACUCAUUCUCGGGCUUAAUUCCUAAAGCACUUGCUAAUUUAAGGCUCCUCCAAUGGCUUGGCCUAGCAAACAAUAAUUUGACCAUUGAAUCUUCUACUCCACAAUUCAACAUUAUCACUUCUUUGUCAAAUUUGACAUAUCUAAGAGUUUUAGCAUUGGAAGGUAAUCCACUGAAUAUCAUUCUUCCUAGUUCGAUUGGAAAUCUCUCUACUUCUCUUCAAAACCUUUACAUUUAUAAUUGCAAUAUUAAGGGCGUCAUUCCUAGAGAUAUAGGCAAUUUAAGAAACUUGAUCACUUUGGAGUUACAGAACAAUGAAUUGGUUGGACCUAUUCCAAUUACAGUUGGAAGAUUGCACAUGCUCCAAGGUUUGUUCCUUCAAGGCAAUAGACUAGAAGGCCUCAUCCCAUCCGAUCUUUGUCAUUUGAAGAACUUGUACAAAUUAAAUUUAAGUGCUAAUAAGCUUUCUGGAGACAUUCCUAUAUGCAUGGAUAAUCUGACUUCUCUAGGAUAUCUUUACUUAGACGCUAACAAGUUAUCUUCGACAAUUCCCUUAAGCUUGUGGAGUGUUACAAAUCUGUUAGAGGUUGACUUGUCAUCAAAUUCUCUAAGUGGUUCUCUCCCAUUAGAAAUUGGAAAGACCAAGGUUCUAAUAAAAUUGGAUUUAUCAAGUAAUCUAUUAUCAGGUGAUAUCCCACCAGCAAUUGGUGGCCUCAAAGAUCUAGUUAAUCUCUCCCUGGCGGACAAUCGAUUAGAAAGCUCAAUUCCAAAAUCAUUUGGCGAACUGUUAAGCUUGGAAUUCAUGAAUCUUUCUAGUAACAAUUUAUUCGGAGAGAUUCCCAAGUCCUUAGAAGCACUUUCACACCUCAAAUAUCUAAAUGUCUCUUUCAAUAGACUACGUGGAAAAAUUCCUGUAGGAGGACCUUUUGUGAACUUCUCUGCUGCAUCUUUUAUGUCAAAUGAUGAACUUUGUGGUUCUCCUCAACUGCAUGUUCCUCCAUGUAAAGCAGGUGUUCCUCGACCAAAAAAGGCCGCAACAGUACAUAUACUAAAGUAUGUAUUACCAUCGAUUGGGUUAACAAUGCUUGUAGUUGCUCUUGUGUUAGUCUGGACAAGAUGCAGAAAAAGGAAUGUGAAAAUUCCAGUGGAGGGAAACUCAUUACAACUAGCCACAUGGAGAAGAAUUUCUCAACAUGAACUUUUACAAGCGACAAAAGGGUUCAAUGGAAGCAACUUACUUGGUAAAGGAAGUUUUGGAUCAGUAUACCAAGGAACACUCUCAGAUGGAAUAAUUGUUGCAAUAAAAGUUUUUAACUUGGUAGUAGAAGGGGCAUACAAGAGUUUUGACACAGAGUGUGAGGUACUAUCCAAUAUUCGUCAUCGGAAUCUUGUCAAAAUCAUUAGCACAUGUAGUAACGUGAACUUCAAAGCUUUUGUAUUGGAAUACAUGCCGAAUGGGAACCUCGAGAAGUGGUUGUAUUCUCAAGAUCAUUGUUUGAGUAUCUUACAAAGACUAAAUAUAAUGAUCGAUGUCGCAUCAGCACUGGAAUACCUUCAUUAUGGUUAUUCAACACCUAUUGUUCAUUGUGAUUUGAAGCCUAGCAAUAUCUUAUUAGAUGAAGAUAUGGUCGCACAUGUUGCUGAUUUUGGCAUUGCCAAAUUGUUAGAUGAUGGAGAUUCUAUGAUGCAAACCAUGACUCUCGCUACUAUUGGGUAUAUGGCACCAGAGUAUGGAUCAGAUGGACUUGUUUCUAUAAGAGGCGAUGUAUAUAGUUAUGGUAUUUUGCUUAUGGAAACUUUCACAAGAAGGAAACCUACAGAUGACAUGUUUGCUGGAGAAAUGAGCUUAAAACGUUGGGUAGAGGAAUCAUCACCCCUUUCAGUAACUAAAGUGGUUGAUGUCAAUUUGUUGAGAACCAAAAAAGAUUAUGCUUCUAUAGAGGAUUGCAUAUCAUCCAUAAUGGGGUUUGCAUUGCACUGUUGUGCAGAGUUACCUGAACAGAGGGUUAAUGCAAAAAAUAUUUCAAGUACACUCAAUAAGAUCAAAUUGAAGUUUCUACAAGAUUAUGAAGGAAGCUAG